AUGCCUCGGAGGAAGAAUAAGCGUCAGAAGAAUAAGCAUCAUGCUGUUCAAGAAAAAUGCCACCAGGCUGGAGGUGAGACCCAGGAUCUCCAGGCUUCUCAGGCCCCUGCAGCAGAGGAGAAAAGCUAUCCGCCUCCAUCUUCUCCUCAGUUGGGGGUUACUACCCGUACAAAGUCUGCUUCUAAGUUAGGAAGCACUUCCAAGAAGCCUCAGAGAGCCCUUUCUACCACUGAAUCUACAAGAUCACGUAGAGGAGCUAAGCGCAAAAUUAAGAGAAAACAAGUUUCUUCCCAGGCCUCAGCCUCUACUGUGAAGCGCCCUAGAAAGUCUCUCACUGGUACAGUCCGCCUGGUGGUGAGCUACAUGAUGCACAUGUGUGAAAUGAGAAGGCCUAUUCUGAAAGCAAAUGUGAUGAAGAUCAUCACCCAAACCCAUAGAAAACACUUCUUGGAGAUCCUCAGAAGAGUUUCAUUCAGCUUAGAGGUGACGCUUGGUGUAGAAGUAAAGGAAGUGGAAGAAGCUGGGAAGCCUUCCUAUGUUCUUGUUAGCAAAAUGAAUAUCCCUAACAAUGGCAUUGUGACCAAAGGCAGGGGGCUUCCCAAGACUGGCCUGCUAAUGAAUCUCCUAGGGGUGAUCUUCCUGAAAGGAAACCGUGCCACUGAGAAAACCAUCUGGGAAUUCCUGAAUAAGAUGAAAAUAUACGAUGGAAAGAAACAUUUCAUUUUUGGAGAACCCAGGAAGCUCAUCACUCAAGAUUUUGUGAAGCUUAAAUACCUGGAGUAUCAGCAAGUACCUAACAGCCGUCCUGCAAGCUAUGAAUUUCUGUGGGGUCCAAGGUCUUAUGCUGAGACAAGUAAGAUGAAAAUCCUGGAGUUUUUGGCUAAGAUCAACCAUACAGUUCCGAGCGCCUUCCAGUCCCGGUAUGAUGAAGCUUUGAAAGAUGAGGAAGAAAGAGCUGCUGCAGCUGCACUCAGUGACACAACAGUCGACACCAAUUAA